UAAAUAUGAGACAAAUUUCCUUGUGAACGCGUUUUCUUUUGGGCCCUUUGUUGAAUAGUCUUAUGAAGUGAAGUGUGAACCAAAGAUUAGUGUGUCUUAUUCCCCAAGACUCUUUCAACGUCAAAUUGCUGCUUGUUUUUUUCUCCCAUCCUUUUCCAGUAUUUCAACCACAUGGCCCCACUUUAUUAACUUUUAAAAUUUCUUCAUGGACUAACUCCAGAAUCUAGACCUCUCAGUUUUGAUAUUUCUCAAUCUUAGUUUCCAUGCAUAUAACGUAACUCUACUAGUUUUCUUCGUGUUUAUUAUCGUAUUUUACGUGGUUUAGACGGUUUUGGCGCCUCUAAGACCAAUAGAAGAAGAUUCAGAUGCGAAGUUUGUGACAUCAAGUCUUUGUCUUUAUUCAAAUAGGAGUAUUGUAACUUGAGCAAGAAAUUGGUCUUACUUCAGUAAAUGCCAAAAUCUAGAUUUCAUGCGUUCCCACUUUUAUUUCCAUUCAUGUUCAUUUCCCACCUGGUGUAUCUUAUCACACACGUAAAGUUGGUGUUAUUAUACUGUGAACACUGUGAAGAGUGUAAAAACAAGUUGUAGACAAGCUUCAACUUACUUUAGAAAAUCAAAUUCCUGGUCCCUUUUGCACAUAAAGUAGAUAGGAGAAUUAAGGAUGAGUCUAGUUAAUGAAUUUAUGUUCAUUUUGUUUUCACACCUCAUGAUGAUGCUACUUGUGUUGGUGGGUGGAGAUGAGAGUAAGCACCAAGCAGAGUGUCCACCUUCAUUUAGUUGUGGAUAUCUUGGCAAUAUCAGCUUCCCUUUCACUACAACAGAACGCCAGGACUGUGGCUUAUUGCCAAUACCUAACUGUGAUGGUGAUCCAAUGAAGCCCAAAAUGAUCAAAUAUCAUAAUAAAGGGAAAUGGUUUGAGUUUGAGGUUGCAGCUGUAUAUCCUUCUGAGUUGCACAGUGGCAGUACUACUUCUACUUGUGUUUUCAGAGACAAUAAUCUCUACAAACUGCUGCAAAACAAAAGUUGUGAAGCUUUCAGAUAUAAUUAUACUCCUCCUCCCACCUAUCACUUUGUUUCUUUUCGUAUCGUUCUCUACACAACUCUGUUCAUGUGCAACCGUACCCUCCAUAUCAACCCUCCAACAUAUAUGCAUAACUAUACGUGUCCGCACUAUGAUCUCUACUACCAGCCUCAUAGCCAUGCUGAUAAUACGUCUCAGAGUGCUUUUACAGCUUGCACAAAUGUCACACUUCCAACUAAAGAUUUUGCUGACGCUAACGACCCUUCUACUUUCAUAACGGCUGAUAUCCUAACUGAAGUAAAAAUAACAGAGGAAUGUGCACAUUGUCACUACAAACAAAGAGGACAGUGUACACUUGACAACAACGAGAGAUUUUAUUGUGCCAAUGUUAAAGGGCUGACUCGGAAUGCCAAAUUGGGUAUAGGUUUGGGGAUUGGUAUUGGAAUCCCAGGCAUCUUGUUGAUUGGGGUGGUGUUUCUCCUUCGACUCUGCAAACGGAAACAUGCUAUUUCGGUUGGACACUUCCAAUCUAGUAACUCUUAUUCUGAUUCCUCCAUAAAUCCACGCAGAGAGACUGGUAGUAAAUAUUUCGGAGUUCCAUUAUUCUCCUACGAUGAGCUUAGAAAAGCAACAAACAAUUUUGACCAUAAUAAAGAACUUGGAGAUGGAGGUUUUGGUACCGUCUACUUUGGGAAACUUCCAGAUGGACGUGAAGUUGCUGUCAAGCGUUUAUAUGAACACAACUAUAGGAGAGUAGAGCAGUUCAUGAAUGAAGUCAAUAUUCUGACAACUUUGCGGCACAAAAAUCUUGUGUCCCUCUAUGGAUGCACUUCACGGCACAGUCGUGAACUACUUCUUGUGUAUGAAUAUAUCUCAAAUGGUACCAUUGCAUGUCAUCUCCAUGGUGAAUUGGCCAAGCCCGACUUACUACCAUGGUCUAUACGAAUUAAAAUUGCCAUAGAGACUGCUAAUGCCUUGGCUUAUCUCCAUGCUUCUGGGAUCAUUCACCGUGACGUGAAAACCAGCAACAUACUUCUUGACGGCAAUUUUGGUGUUAAAGUUGCAGAUUUUGGCCUUUCAAGACUAUUCCCCGAGGAUGCCACUCAUGUCUCCACAGCUCCACAAGGAACACCAGGUUACCUUGACCCCGAGUAUCACCAAUUUUAUCAGCUUACUAGCAAGAGUGAUGUAUAUAGUUUUGGAGUUGUGCUCAUUGAACUAAUAUCAUCAAAGCCUGCUGUUGAUAUAAACAGAAGUAGGGAAGAGAUUAACUUGUCAACUCUAGCCACAAAGAAGAUUCAAGAAAGUGCAAUUGAUGAGCUCGUAGAUCCUUCUCUUGGUUUUCAUUCAGACAGUGAGGUUAAUAGGAUGAUAGUUUCAGUGGCAGAAUUGGCUUUUCAGUGUUUGCAAAAGGACAAAGAGUUAAGACCUUCUAUGGAAGAAGUAUUAGAUGAACUUAGGAGAAUAGAAAGUGGGAAAGAUGGGGUUGAGGUUGUAGAGGAGGCAGAUGUUGAUGGUGUUGGAUCAUCACACAGUAUUAUACAGCCACCACCAGUCUCACCUGAAUGGGAUGAAGUUGGAUUAUUGAAGAAUGUGAAAAUUAUGAAGCAUCCGUCUUCACCAAACACCGUCACCGAUAAAUGGGAAAGUAUUAAUACUACGCCUAAUGCCAGUGCUUAAUCUUGUCUAAUAUCAAUUGUUGAUAAUCCAUUUUUACUGUAUUAACUUUAAGCAAUGAUUGUUAGUUGAAGCAUGAAAAUCAGGGAGUGCAAUGUAUCAUUAUUGUCUCAUUCGCUUGUAUAGAUGAUAAUACAUGAUUAGUUUACAAGACAUUGUGUUCAGGCAUUGAGUUAAGUUGGAGGUACAUGUAAAUAUCGUAAAACGAGGUAUAAAAAUAAGGCAGAAAAGAGCGAACAUUUUUGGAAACAGCAUUUUGCAAUUUAAUAAAUUGAUAUAAUAGAGCAGCUAGAAUCUUUGUCA